GCCUACAAAUGCUCCAUGGCUAAGAGAAAAGCUGAAGAACAGAUUUCAGGUGUUCCUGUCAACAAAAGGAAGUCUCUGCUAAUGAAGCCUCGCCACUACAGUCCCAGCCUGGAAUGCAAAGAGGAAAAUGAAGACAGGACAGAUUUACAGGAGAAUAUUGCUGUCCUCGAUAGCAAUUCAAUUCCAGAGGAAAAGAUUGCAAAACCAUGUGAGGAAACCCUUCAUUCAGGUGGGCAAGAAAAUUCCAGUCAAAGAAAAGAUAACUACACCAGUUACCAAGAUGCCAUGGCCAAAUCUUUGAUGAACAGUGGAAAAAUUGCAAAAGAUGCACCCAGUCAAGCAGUGGCAGAAAAUCUAAAUGACAGUGGCAUUCAAUCCUUAAAAACAGAAAGUGAUGACACUGAUGAAUGUUACAUGAUUGACUCAGCUGAAAGAAAGGAAAAGACUGUUAUUUCUGACCCAAAAUAUUGUUCAUCUGAGGAAAACGAAAGCAACUCUGAAAUGAUGGAAAACGAGUGGGACAGCUCCUCAAAUUUUUCAGAAGAAACUAGUGAAAAGCCCCAUGUAACUCAGAAAUAUAUUGCAGAGUGUAAUCAACCUAGCAUCUUGGAAGUCCCUGAAAUUAAGAAGGAGGAGGUAGAAUUUGAGCCUUGUGAAACACUUUGUGAUUCAGAAGCAGAGCUAAGAGCACCCCAGGAGUCUCACCCAGAUUCUUUUGAGAAGAGAAUGCAGAAUGUGUUCCCUGAAAGUGAAGAAGAUGACAACGAGUGCCUGUCAGAAACCACAGAAAUGUCAGUUGAACUGGACAAAGCAAAAGGGAACUUGAGUUUGCUAGAAGAAGCAAUAGCUCUGCAGGCAGAGCAAGGGCAUGUGUUUCACAGCACCUACAAGGAACUGGAUAGGUUUCUCCUGGAGCAUCUAGCGGGGGAGAGAAGACAAACCAAAGUUAUUGACGUUGGUGGGAGACAGCUAUUUAGCAACAAACAUUCACCCAGGCCUGAAAAGAGAGAAACCAAAUGUCCCAUCCCAGGAUGUGAUGGCACAGGGCAUGUGACUGGGCUGUACCCCCACCACCGCAGUCUCUCAGGCUGUCCUCACAAAGUUAGAGUGCCACUAGAAAUUCUUGCCAUGCAUGAAAAUGUUUUAAAGUGCCCCACUCCAGGAUGCACUGGAAGAGGACACGUCAACAGCAAUCGCAACACACACAGAAGCCUUUCUGGUUGUCCAAUUGCUGCAGCUGAAAAGUUGGCAAUGUCCCAGGAAAAAAACCAGCUUGAGUCUCCAAAAGCAGGGCAGUGCCAUGAUCAAACUCACAGCACAAAUUUGACUAAGCAGCUUGAAGUAGCUCAGUACAAUUACAGAACUUCACAACCAGUCACUUCCUCCAGAACCACCCUCACAAAAGAAAAGGAGAAGUUUGGGAAAGUACCCUUUGAUUAUGCCAGCUUUGAUGCACAAGUCUUUGGCAAACGCACAAUAGCACCUGCAGUGCAAGGGCGAAAAACACCACAGUUCCUUGAAUCAAAGCAUUUUUCAAAUCCAGUGAAAUUUUCUAAUCGACUGCCUAGUGCUAGCGCCCACACACAGAGCCCUUGCCAUGCCAACUCUUAUAGCUACGGUCAAUGUAGUGAAGACACCCACAUAGCAGCAGCUGCUGCUAUCCUGAACCUUUCCACCCGCUGCAGGGAAGCAGCAGAGAUCCUCUCCAACAAACCACAGAGUCUGUCUGCCAAGGGAACUGAGAUAGAAGUGGAUGAAAAUGGCACUCUGGAUUUGAGCAUGAAAAAGAACCGAAGCCAAGACAAAGUUACGCCUCUCACUUCUUCCAGUACAGUACUUCCCACUCCUUCUUCUUCUCCUUUCAAAACAAGCAGCAUCUUGGUAAAUGCAGCCUUCUACCAGGCUCUUUGUGAGCAAGAAGGCUGGGACACACCAAUCAACUACAGCAAGACACAUGGCAGGAAAGAAGAAAAGGAGAAAGACCCAGUGAGCUCUCCAGAAAACAUGGAAGAAAAAAAGUAUCCAGGAGAAGUCUCCAUACCAAGUCCUAAACCCAAGCUCCAUUCAAGAGAUCUCAAAAAGGAACUCAUCACCUGUCCAACUCCAGGAUGUGAUGGUAGCGGUCACGUAACAGGAAACUAUGCCUCACACCGCAGUGUUUCUGGGUGCCCACUAGCUGACAAGACAUUAAAAUCCCUUAUGGCUGCUAACUCUCAGGAGCUUAAGUGCCCGACACCUGGUUGUGAUGGUUCUGGCCACGUGACUGGGAACUAUGCAUCACACAGAAGCUUAUCUGGUUGUCCCCGUGCCAGAAAAGGUGGUAUCAAAGUGACUCCUUCCAAGGAUGAAAAAGAAGACCCUGAACUUAAAUGCCCAGUGAUAGGCUGUGAUGGCCAAGGUCACAUAUCAGGUAAAUACACUUCUCAUCGCACUGCUUCUGGUUGUCCUUUGGCUGCCAAGAGACAGAAGGAGAGUCCCGUCAAUGGGUCUUCACUAUCCUGGAAACUGAACAAACAAGAGCUGCCACACUGUCCUUUGCCAGGCUGCAACGGGCUGGGUCAUGUUAAUAAUGUUUUUGUCACCCACAGAAGUCUAUCUGGUUGUCCUCUGAAUGCACAAGCCAUAAAAAAGGGCAAAAUUUCGGAAGAGUUAAUGACUAUCAAGCUUAAAGCAAGUGGUGGUAUUGAGAGUGAUGAAGAAAUCAGACAUUUGGAUGAAGAAAUAAAAGAACUGAAUGAAUCCAAUCUUAAAAUUGAAGCUGACAUGAUGAAACUUCAAACCCAGAUCACGUCUAUGGAGACCAACCUGAAAACAAUAGAAGAAGAGAACAAACUCAUAGAGCAGAACAAUGAGAGCCUGUUGAAGGAGCUAGCUGGUUUAAGCCAAGCCCUCAUCUCCAGCCUUGCUGACAUUCAGCUUCCACAGAUGGGGCCAAUCAGUGAGCAGAAUUUCGAAGCAUAUGUAAAUACACUCACAGACAUGUACAGCAAUCUGGAACGGGACUAUUCCCCCGAAUGCAAAGCUCUGCUGGAAAGUAUCAAACAGGCAGUGAAGGGCAUCCAUGUGUAGGAUGUGAAAGCUGCUGGGCAACAGAAAUUACUUAACAGCAGUAAACUCCAGAUGGAUCUGUUAGGAGUUCAUGUACUGCUAAGGGGUGUAGGUUGCCAUGCUGCAUUUACAAUUGCAACAUUGCACUAAUUUUUUCCCA